CUUUUGUCUCUCUCCUAACAUUACCCUUUUACCCCCCUCCUUUACCCUCUCUUCCAUCUGACUCUCAGGUUCUCCGAUGGCCAUGUUAUGGCCUCCGAUGACCAUGGUGGGCUCCGGUAAAGUGCUCCGCCUGCUGCAUCACCGCAGAAGAAGAAGCAGCUGAGGGUACUUGUGGCGGGUGAAGGCAUCGGUGGGUUGGUUUUGCUUUGGCCGCAAAGAGAAAGGGGUUUGAGGUUUUGGUGUAUGAGAAGGAUUUGAGUGCUUGUGAGAGGGGAAGGACAGUACAGGGGUCCAAUUCAGAUACAGAGUAAUGGUUUGGCUGCUCUGGAAGCUAUUGAUUCAGAUGUUGCUGAUCAAGUUAUGAGGCUUGGUUGCAUCACUAGUGAUAGAAUCAAUGGGCUUGUGGGUGGAGUUUCUGGUUCUUGUCAGAAGUGUGAACAUUUAUAGCACGUUGUAAAACUUAUCAGCUACUGCAUUGAAGAUGAUCAGCGACACCCUUCUUGUUUAUGAGUUUAUGACCCGUGGAAGUCUAGACAAUCUUCUAUUCAGAAGCAAAGUGUUUGAGUUGGAGGAUUUGCUGAGAGCCUCUGCGGAGGUUUUGGGAAAAGGGACUUUUGGGACUUCGUAUCAGGCGGUUUGGCCUGUGGUGGCUGUGAAGAGAUUGAAGGAUGUCACCAUUUCUGAGAAGGAAUUCAAGGAGAAGAUUGAACUGGUUGGAGCAAUGGAUCAUGUCAAUUUGGUCCCUCUCAGGGCUUACUAUUAUAGCAGGGAUGAGAAGCUUCUUGUUCAUGAUUACUUUCCAAUGGGAAGCUUAUCUGCACUUUUGCACAAGACGAACCAAAGGAUUUGCUUUUUGAAUGUCAGUUACAGUUAUAAGAAGUUAUAAGAAGUCUGGUUGUAUAAUCUAUGAAUGAAGUUUUUUUGAGAGAAAUCUAUGAAUGAAGUUAUAAGAAGUCUGUUUCUGUCUAUGCUUCAGACAGUUACAGUUCAUUGAAAUGCAGAAGCACAAGGAUUGAGUAUGUAUAAUUCUCUAUUGUUCUCUAUCACGUACCCUUACUCUCCACACUAAAUUAUUCUUUGAAAGGAGUGCAGAAAAUUUCCUAGUUAGCUUAUAGUUGCUUCAGUAGAGACCCCAAAUGUCGUCCUAACAUGGAUGAAGUUGUGAAGUCUCUGACCCCGUUGCUGAUCUUAAAGACCUCGCAAUCUUGUCGUAUCACUCUCGUUUAUCACAGCAAGGGAGAAUAAAGAAGAAAUCAGAUGGAACUCUACAUUUAACUUACACUCACUCCAAGAGCAUGAGGGCUUCAAUUUAAUUCUAUUUCUAUUGAGACAAAUAAUAGUUAUAGUAUGUAAAAAAGAUUUGUUUGCUUCUAGUAUGCUGUAUUCAAUGUAUAAACUACUUGACAUCUGAAAAAUUAUGAUAAGGAGAACCCAUGAAUACUUUGGUCUCAACAAAAUUGAGCAUCCAACUCCAUUGUAGCUAGUCAAAAGUCACAUACACUUGAUAUUGCUACAGGUUCUGUUUUUUUUU